GCACCCAUGCUUUGAGGAAGUGCUGCGCUUGUUGUCAUCCAAAAUUACCUAUUUCUAGGCCCCGAGGCCGCCUGAUUUGAUGGUCAUGGAUCAGAAUAAACAAAAUCCUUCUCGCGUUCUGAGUAAUUCCGUUCUAGACGCGAAGGAUGAGCUAGACGAGCGCCUUGAAAGAUGCUACAAAUCUGUUAUGUCAAUGGUCGCGAGGCUGUCUGAUAGAGAAGCCAAUGAUGUCUUGAAUGCCCACGCCAGCAAAGGUUCUCCACAACAUGAAGAAAUCCAGUUAGGACUGUUUUUCUCAAUUUUGGUUGACCCGAAAACAGCCCAAAGAUGUUACCGUGAUUUGACGUUAGUCAGCCGUGAUAGUUUGAAUACAGUUCUGACGAAAACCAAUCAAAUAAUACACGAGAAGUGGUUGAAGCUUCGGGAUGUUCCGCGCGGACAGAUUGUUUGGUUUUGUAAGGAAAUGGUCAAAAGUAACGUCACUGGUGUUGAGAGUGUGUGUCUGUCACUCCUAAAACAAAUGGCAGGUGGUGACGUGUCGCAGAAAAAUAUUUGGUUAGUGGAGAGCAUGCUGGAUCUUUUUAUUGAAAACAAGUCCUGGGUAGACAAGCAUUCAGCUGUGAUGGCCAUGGCUGUGUACACAUAUCUCCGACUUAUACUGGAUCACGGCAACCCCACGUUGUCGGCACUACGACAGAGAGAGGUUGAGUUCUGUACUCUCUGUAUGAGAGAAAAGUUUCCCGAAUGCAUGUUGAUUGGUCGCGACUUAGUCCGGUUGUUACAGUACGUCGCAAGGAUUCCUGAAUUUGAGAGCAUCUGGAGAGAUAUGCUGCAGAAUCCUACCAAUUUGUCACCAACAUUCACAGGCAUAGCGCAGCUGAUGCUUCUCCGAACACCUAAAAAGUUCUUUGCAAGUCGUCUGACCCCAGAUAUGGAGAAUAAGUUAACGUGGUUGAUGAAUCGGGUGAAGUUUGGUCAGCAAAAACGCUACCAGGAUUGGUUUCAGCGGCAAUACUUAUCGACUCCCGAGAGUCAGUCGUUACGCUGUGAUCUUAUCCGUUAUAUCUGUGCCGUCAUACAUCCAUCCAAUGAAAUUCUCUGCAGCGAUGUCAUACCACGGUGGGCAGUGAUUGGGUGGUUACUUACAACUUGUACAUCUAAUGUAGCUGCAUCAAAUGCCAAGUUGUCUCUAUUUUACGAUUGGUUGUUCUUUGAAAAGGAUAAAGACAGUAUAAUGAACAUAGAACCAGCAAUACUAGUGAUGUACCACUCAAUGCGACCCCAUCCAGCCAUCACAGCAACACUACUUGAUUUCAUGUGUCGGAUCAUGCCAAACUUUUACCCAACCCUCGCUUCGACGGUACGAUCGGGAAUCUUCAGCGCCCUGCGGAGCAUACUAGAAAAACGGGUGUUACAGUCCCUCUCUCCUCUAUUUGACAACCCGAAAUUGGAUCGAGAGCUGCGGUCGAUGCUUCGGGAGAAUUUUACCGAGUUCUGCUCGCAAGAAGUGAAAGAAGAAGCGCCAAACGACAAAGAUAUGUUGGUGAAGAACAUGAUGGUCGUCAUGGAGGAGGAGCCGAAUAAUCAUAUCGCCAUGACGAUGGGCAUGUCAGACGGCAACAGUAUAUCAGAUGCUGCAUUUAGCGAUGAAGAGGAGGAGGUGGUACCCGUCAGCAAUGCUGUAGCAGAAAAACCAAAGACCAUUGCAGACUUUAAGCCAAUCAAACCACCUGAGCCUUACCAGACGAUAAAUGUGUCGGACUACAUCGAGCAGCUAGACGGUGAUCUACGGAAUUGUCUUGAACAACUACGUCUUGAAACCAGCAACGAGGCCCGGUGUGAGGUCAUGGACAAGUCUUUUAUUCCUGAAGUUAUACAAGACGAACUUUUUGACCUCGACACAGCUGAACUGGUGGCUACCUGUUUAUGUAAUAUCAUGGCGGAUCAAUUCAAUAAAAAUCUUUUUCCGAAUGAUUUUGACGAAGAGUCCGUAGCAGACUCCAUAGGGACCCCAUUGUUUGUGUUAUUUUGGAAUCUUAGUUCAACACACGAAGAUGACCCUAGUCGGCAGCCACUACUACUUUUACUUGGAGAAAUGUAUAAAAAACAGCCCCGGGUUGGUUACCAUCUUUUAUAUUUCCUGAAAGUCAGGAAGGUGAAUGACGAAAAGAUGUUAACCUACCGUGAUUUCUGUAAAAGUUUGGAGUCCAAGGAUCUCGAAUCCUGCUUGAUAACAGAUCUAAAGCUGUGCCAAGAAGACGAUGUAAGACUGUUUACAUAUCUUUUACCGGACGUCUACACACAGUUCCCGAACAUUGCCAUAGGAAAUACAGAUCUGCUCUAUCUCAUUGUCUCUAGUAUAGAUGGCACACAGUUGCAAGAUCUGAUAUGCCAGAUCCUUCAGGGUCAUCUUGUGAUGUUCAGGAAAGAUUCCUUCCUAGCUGUUCUAAAUGCCAGUUUAGAGUGGGAAACUUUAGAGCAAUACUUCCUGUGGCAGCUAAUAGGGUCUCACAACAUUCCAGUCGAACACAUUUUGCCCAUACUGCCCAAGCUAGAGUUCUCAGCGCAUGCGGAGGCUCUGGCAUGCAUACUUAUCCAGCUAAAACAGGAGUGCCCCACAGCAGAACUGGUACGGUGCAUACUAUGCCGAGAAUCAAAAAAGCUUGACUUCUUCGCUGUGUCGAUACUAAAAUACUGGGCGCAGGAAUACGAGGAUCGGUUGGCAGACUUGAUCUUAUCUCAGGUUCAGAAAAAUACAACAACAUCAAACAGAAAAAGACAAAGAACGCAAUCGAUACCGAAUAAUAAGAAAGAGAAUCCGUCUGUGGAGCAGAUCCUGUCUCAUCUGGACCACAUGAGGCAGACGUGUAGGAAUAUAUCAUUUUUAACAAAUGAAUCCAUGCAACAAGCACUGCAAUUGAGUCAAGCUUGCAUCAGUGAUGAAUUGAAGAAAAGCAAGUUCAGUGAUCUGUUGGCGUUUGCGGAAGACUUGGAGGACAUGAAGACAACUAGGGUGCUACGAGGGGGACGCAAGGCCACGGUCACCAGUCCCAAGGCGGGGAAAGUCAAGAAAAUGGUGGAAGAUUCAGAUACCGAAUCGGAAAGUAGUGAUAAUGAAGAAAUAGUUCGCCAGAAAAACAAAAAGAGAAAAACUGUUCCGAGUGCAUUAGACAAUGACAGUGAUUGAAAUACGAUGGAAUAGAGAUAGAUGUGUUCAGAUUAUGUUCAGAUUCAAGGCAGCUAGAUAUUUGGAGUGAUUCAUUUCCGGAUACUGAGAUGGGACGUAACUAUCACCCAGUGAAAAAGUGUCAGUUCAUUUCCGGAUACUGAGAUGGGACGUAACUGUUACCCAGUGAAAAAGUGUCAGUUCAUUUCCGGAUACUGAGAUGGGACGUAACUGUUACCCAGUGAAAAAGUGUCAGUUCAUUUCCGGAUACUGAGAUGGGACGUAACUGUUACCCAGUGAAAAAGUGUCAGUUCAUUUCCGGAUACUGAGAUGGGACGUAACUAUCACCCAGUGAAAAAGUGUCAGUUCAUUUCCGGAUACUGAGAUGGGACGUAACUAUCACCCAGUGAGAAAGUGUCAGUUCAUUAUUUGAACUGUACGGUUAGGACGACUGUUUCUCGGGAUGUGUGACAGCUAUGCCUAUGACAGGACUGGCCAGACCCGUCUGUAGAAAUAUGGAAAAAUGUCUCAACCUGGAAGUACGUUGGAUAUAGUUUCUAGGACUUGAAACUCCAGGAAUAAAUCACAGCUACUUGUGUGUUUGGCUUUGCCCCCUUUGAUUUAACGGACUGGAGUCAAGGUGUUGUAAUAAAACGAUGUGAAGUUUUGAUUUGGACCAUAGUUUCUCAGACUUUUAACUUAUAAAUUCACCAAAAAAACAUGUAAAGAGAACAACUGCUUCGAACAGCACUGUUCCCCUGUCGACGAUAACCUUGGAUUACCGAAGGGGAAAUUGUCCAUAUGAAGAUUUUCUUUUCAAAACGAUAUAAAUACAGAUUUGUCCCAUGGAGAAAAUUCAGUGUACUUGAAAAUUGCCACAGAAGUAAGUCCCAGUUCCUCUGUGUCUUGUGUACUUUCAUGAAAUUAAAAUUGCUAAGUUUGUCUUUAAAAGAAGGACAAUUCACCUACCCUACAUGUACUUCUGCCAAGAUUGCCUUUGCUCUUCAGAACUUGGCAUUUGGUCUUUCUAAUUCUUCAGCAUGUGCUAAUGACUGUUCGAUUAAUUGAUUCCCAUGUAAACUUUAGUUUUGUAUGCCACAGUCAUUGCGAUAUAUCAUGAUCAUCUCCAGGACUGGUGUGCAAGUUUGGUACUUUUCAUGAAUGCAUCACAUUUUGAUAUUCAAGCUUUUCAUUCUGCAUACUUAUCAAGGUCACUGGGGUCGCAAUUCUUUCCAAUGCCAAUGGGCAUGCUUAUAUUAUGAGGACAUCCCACGAAAAGAUUUGAAGUGUUUCAUUCCUUUGCAAGAAUGGUAUGAAAUCGGAAAAAUGGUUCCUUGUCUCUGGCCAAUAGGUAGGCAUAUGCUGGUUCAAGAGGUGUUCAAAUAACGGUCGAAGAAAAUUCUUGUUUUUUUCGGGGGAGGGGGAUCAGUGAGAGAGGGGAGGGGGUUAUGGAAAUUCAUAAUUUUUCAUGAAUUAGUGAAUAAAAUCAAAUAGAAUGGGGCUGCAUCAGCGUCUUCAGAACUGUCGUGUUGGAUUCCUCAGACUUUCUUUAAUAGAUCAAUCAACUUGAUCCCGUUGAACGUUGACUGUGAUGAGAAAGUAGUUGGCCUUUCUAUGAAUUUGUGUAAUAAAGACAUUGACUUGGACUGUACAUUGUAUAUAUCAGACAAUGAAAUACGAGAUCGGAAG